AGGUGAGCACCUCCCGUCAAUGACCUCCUUGUUCCAGAGGAGUUCUUCAGCAGUUUCAAUGGAAGGAGGGAGCCAAGAAGGAGGCCUGGCAUAAGUCCAAAGAUGAUAAUUUCAACAUGGAUUGUGUACAUUCUUGCCCGGAAAGGUGCAGGGUUCCCCUUCCCACCAAAAAGCAGUUCGGACGUUGAAGUUGUAGAAAGUGAGGCUGUAUCUGUAGUACAGCACUGGCUGAAAAAGACUGAAGAAGAGGCUUCCCAGGACAUAAAGGAGAAGAUGUCGACCAACUGCCCUCCCACGCAUGGCCAAGAUGUACAUGUGACCAGAGAUGUGGUGAAGCACCAUCUCUCAAAGUCUGAUUUGUUGGCAAACCAGAGUCAAGAGGUCCUGGAGGAAAGAACGAGAAUCCAGUUCAUAAGAUGGAGCCAUACCCGUAUCUUCCAAGUGCCAAGUGAGGUGAGGGAGGAUGUUAUGCGAGACCGAAUAGAGCAGGUGAGACGAAGCCUAUGCAAUCUUACGGAUGAAUCAUCUCAGGAGAUUCACAACAGAACUUCCUAUGCAGACUGCUGAGAGCUACAGGUUCAUGUCCUUUAGGGUCAAGGAACAGCCUGUGUCAGAAGAACGUCUAUUACCCCUUGACCUGAGGAGCGACUACACCUGGGGAGAUAGAAUCUGGUGGGUGAGCCUUUCCUUGUGACAGUGCAACACUGGAAUCUUCCCGCUGAACUGCUAAUAAAGAGACAUGGUAUUUAAUCACUG